CUCCAACCUACUAGAUAGUAUCUUAAAUAACAACCAACUACUUUAUCGAGUGAUUUGACUAUCUAAAUUCUUCAAUAGUAAGCUCCAAAACAACCUAAUUUGACAAAAAAAAAAAGAAAAAGAAAGAAAAUUUAAGUUUCUGAACAAAAAAAAAAAAUCUCCAAACAAAAAUGACUCGGGUGAGAGUAAGCGAAGUGGCAGGGCAAUUGAGGGGAUACUGUUGUUGCUGUCAGAGAAGCCUUUGCAGAGUGCAACAUCCAUUGUCUGCCAGUCGGAACCGUCGGGAAACUAACGUGGAUGCACCCUCGUAUGUACAGCUGGCAUACAUUUGAUGACUUUAGGAAAGUGGAGCUUUCUUAUAGCGACCCAUCGAAGCCUUUUUCCCAGAAAAGAGAAAGCGAAAUCAAUUGAUUGAAUCUUCUGGAGUGGGAUAGUAUAUCUGGACUCAUAAUUCUCCCCAUCUGAUCUUAGUGUGCAGGAUUAUCCACACAUCUAUCUGAGUGUAGACAUUGCAGAGAUGCUCUAUGGAGAUGGAAAUGCUUUGGUCUGAUAAAACAAAGAUCUCUAUUGCAUAAAAUGAACCCUCCAUUUUACCUGUACCAGAAAAAAUAAUUAAUAACACAAAAUUAGUACGAACCGGUCCCUGGUCAACCGCAUUACGCCCUCCAUGCGACGGUGUAACGGUCGCUUGUCGAUUUACCCUCUCCCAUCAUCAUAAUCUGCGGCGCGGCGCAUUCUUCGGCGCUCGGCCCAUGCGGCGUGCCCUCAUGUCCCUACACGUGUCGCUUACUCUUCGGAAGAGGCUACACAUACAGCUCAGGACCAGCCUCCUCCCUAUUUAUACCCACGCACCGUUCUCCUUCCCCAACAUUUGGCUGGCGUGCUAGCUAGCUAGCUAGCUAACUAACUAACGAAUUCGUUGAUGUUAGCUCUGUUAGUUAUUGUUGUUUUUGUUGGUGGUGGUGUUGAAUGAAUGAGCGGCCGCGGCCGCGGCGGUGGUGGCGGCGGCGUGGGCGGUAGCAGCAGCUAGCGUGAUGUUUGCAGAGGCCCCGGGGAACGGCGCGGUGCCUCGGCCGGGCGGGGGCGGGGGUGGGGGCAACAAGAAGGAGCGCGAUCAUGUCAUUCCGAACCUGCCGCAGCCGCACUCGGACCCGCUGCUCCGGUCGUCCGGCGGGGAUCAGGACGCCGACCUGCCAUCGACCUUUCGGCACAGCAGCUCGUCGGCGGCGGGCGGGUACUCGUCGUCCGACUACGCCAGCAGCCUCAGCGGGGAGUGCUCGCCCUUCGCCAUGUCCCCCUGGAACAGCCACCCCACGCCCGCCCAGUCCCCUUACCACAGCUCCCCCUGGAACAACGGCGCCGGUAACUACGGCGAAUCAGAUGGGAGGGAGGGGGAGGGGGAGGAGGGCGGUAGGGGCAGCAUGAGCGCUGCAGCGGCGACGGCGAGGCUGAUGGGGUCGCUGGUGCGGGAGGAGGGGCACAUCUACUCGCUGGCGGCGGCGGGGGACGUGCUGUACACGGGGUCGGACAGCAAGAACAUCCGGGUGUGGAAGAAGCAGCGGGACAUGGCCGGGUUCAAGUCGAGCAGCGGGCUCGUGAAGGCCAUCGUGAUCGCGGGCGACCGCAUCUUCACCGGCCACCAGGACGGCAAGAUCCGCGUCUGGCGCGUCUCCCCCAAGAACCCCGCCGUCCACAAGCGCGUCGGCAGCCUCCCCCGCCUCAAGGACUUCAUCCGCACCACCCUCAACCCCUCCACCUACAUCGGCGGCGGCGGCACCAGCAGCAGUGGUGGUAGUCGGUCGAGAGGAGGAGGAGGAGGAGGCGGAGGAGGUGGAGGUUUGUGGAUCCGGCACUCGGACGCGGUGUCGUGCCUGAGCGCGGCGCAGGAGCAGCAGGGCCUGCUCUACUCGGGGUCGUGGGACAAGACCUUCAAGGUGUGGCGCAUCGCCGACUCCAAGUGCCUGGAGUCGGUGCGGGCCCACGACGACGCCGUCAACGCGGUGGUGGCGGCGCCCUUCGACGCGCUCGUCUUCACGGGCUCCGCCGACGGCACCGUCAAGGUGUGGCGCCGCGAGCUGCAGGGCAAGGGCACGCGCCACGCCGCCGUCCAGACGCUGCUCAAGCAGGAGAGCGCCGUCACCGCGCUCGCCGUCGCGCCCGCCGCGCCCGUCGUCUACUGCGGCUCCUCCGACGGCGUCGUCAACUUCUGGGAGGCCGACGGAGACGCGCCGCCGCGGGCCGCCCGCCUCGCCCACGGCGGCGCGCUGCGCGGCCACAAGAUGGCCGUGCUCUGCCUCGCCUCCGCCGGCGCCCUGCUGCUCAGCGGCUCCGCCGACACCACCAUCUGCGUCUGGCGCCGCGACCACGGCGGCGCCCACGCCUGCCUCGCCGUCCUCACCGCCCACGCCGGCCCCGUCAAGUGCCUCGCCGUCGUCGACGACCGCGACUUCGACGACGACCCCGCCCCCGUCUCCCGGUCGAGCUCGUCGGCGGCGCCGCCGCGGUGGAUCGUGUACAGCGGCAGCCUCGACAAGUCGGUCAAGGUGUGGCGCGUGUCGGAGGAGCCCCCCGAGGCGCUGCUGCGGGGCCCGCAGCACGUCCCCCUGGGCACCCCCACUCCCGCAUCAUCAUCAUCAUCAUCAUCAUCGUCGUCGUCAUCAUCAUCACAGCAAUAAGAAAAUUAAGGCCGAACACAAAUGAAGUAGCAUGCCGCAUGCAUGCGCACUUCACUUCACUUCACUUCAAUUUAAGCCGGCGGGUUUUACAGGGAGAAUUCAAAUGUUUGGGACAUGUAUGCAUAAUA